AUGAGCGCCUUCCCCUACCCGGCCAUGCUGGGCGUGCAGCAUCUCAUGGGCGGCGACAUGCGCCACGCCCCCCAGCUGAACCCCGGCCGCCGCCCGGACCAGGACCCGCACGUGCCCAACCCCUUCUACCAGCGCGACGCCGCCCACCACGCGCCCGUUCGGGACGACCACCCGUCUGCCCAGGACUCGAUGCAGCUCCUGCGAAGUGACCUGCUGGGGCUGUCCCGGGGCCAGGUGGUCGCGCGGGACCUGUCGCGAGACAUGGGCGUGGCGGGCGGCCGCGACGAGGCGGUGUCGGUCCCGCGGGAGCUGGCGGGCCUGCAAGCGCUCGACCACUCGAUGGGCGGCAACAUCGAGAACCAAGACCCGGCGGGCGGCGGCGGCGGCUGCGUCACGCCCACCGCGGUCAAGGAGGAGCGCGACCAUCGUGACGAUGGCACAGGCGGUUCUUGCAGCGACGACGACGGCGCGCGUAGUGGCCCCGGGGGCGGGCCGCGCGAGUCCCUCGGGCCCGGGGGCAAGAAAGUGCGACAGCAAAAACACGUGAGACUUUCUAUUAAUGCACGCGAGCGGCGACGAAUGCACGACCUGAACGACGCACUGGACGACCUGCGCGCUGUCAUCCCGUACGCUCACUCUCCCUCCGUCAGGAAGCUCUCCAAGAUCGCCACCCUGCUCCUCGCCAAGAACUACAUCCUCAUGCAGUCCAACGCCAUCGAGGAGCUGCGGCGGGUGGUGACGUACCUCAACCAGCCCGGCGCCCACCUGCCGCACCUGCCUCCGUCGGCGGCCUUCGAGACGGGGCUGGGCGGCGCGGACGCGGGUGCGGGGGCCCUGCCGCCGGGCUUCCCGCGCCUCCCCACACAGCCCCACAACCCGCCGCACCCGCAGCAGCAGCGGAACAGCAAGCCGCAGCCGCUGUUCAACGACCCGUCUCCUCCCUACAAGUCUCAGUCAUAA